AUGAUUCUCGAGAUACUCGGCCUGCUAGCCUGUUUAUUUCUGUCAUGGAGCGUUGCGUCGAUGGAAAGAAAUUAUCGGCGAGCCUCGACUAUGAGAAUUCCAUUGGUGCGCCUCUACACCGAUCCAUUGAAUCCUGUCUGGAUGGUUCUUGAGCCCGUGAUCUGGCCGUGGCUUGACCGGCUACCCAUCCACUGGCGCAACUAUAGCUUCGGACGGUACUCCCGCCGCGGCUGGUCCUUUGCCGACCGGGGCGAAUCGCAUCAUCGCUAUGGUCCAAUCUGGGCAAUUGUCACUCCACGCGAUGUCUAUGUCAACGUCGCCGACCCGGAGGCCAUUCAUGAGAUUUUCCAGCGUCGAACCGACUUCAUCCGGCCCAGUCACCUGUACAAACUGUUGGAGGUUUAUGGGCCAUGUAUAUCUACCGCCAGUUGGACGGACUGGCCACGCCACCGGAAGGUCCUUGCUACUCCGUUCAAUGAGAGCGUCAUGUCCUUUGUGUGGGACGAAAGUGUGGAGCAGACACGCCAGAUGCUCGAAGCAUGGGAUGGUGCCGCGGAGGGUCGGAUUGCCAGUGUUGCCAAAGACACGCGCACCUUAUCCCUCAACGUACUUGCUGCGACCGGUUUUCGCAAGUCGUUUCCUUUCCAGAGUGCCAAUGACCACGGCGUUGGUCAGGAGUCUUAUUCCCCUCCUAGCAAAGAGGACGCGGAUUCUGCGGUCGCAUCGGUAGGCUACCGUGAAGCUCUGCAGACCGUCCUGGACAACUGCAUGCUCCUCAUGGUCUUGCCGCGGAAAUGGCUGACGCUUCCAUUUGCGCCUCGAUCGUGGCGUCGCAUCUCCAAAGCAGCCGAUGACUUUCAACGAUACAUGGUCCGCAUGUUGGAUGAAGAGACCAAGGCUUUGAACCACGGUCAAGCUGGCAGUGGGGGUCUAAUGACAUCGUUCGUGCGGGCCAUGGAUCUGAAGCAGAAGGCAGACGCGGAGGGGGGCACUGGAGCUGCUGGCUCCCCACCCAAGGGCCUUACGGUGGAUGAGAUAUUCGGGAACAUUUUUGUCAUCAACUUUGCGGGCCACGAUACCACCGCCAAUACGCUUGCCUUUAGUUUACUGCUGCUGGCAGCAUAUCCCGAGGUUCAGGAUUGGGUGGCCGAGGAGUUGCAGGGACUCACCGAAGAACAGAUCAAGAAUCACUAUACUGAUCUCUUCCCACGCCUUUGUCGCUGUCGAUCCAUUAUACUCGAGACUCUCCGCCUGUUCCCCCCAAUUCAAUCCUUGCCGAAGUGGACUAGCAGCGAGCCGCAAUCCCUUCAAGUCGGGGAUCGGACGAUUGUCAUCCCCAACGACGUCGGAGUUCACCCUAGCCUGCUCGCCAUGCACAUUGACGCUCGGUACUGGAGUGACCCAAUGGCCUGGAAGCCAUCGCGCUGGAUCACGGUGGCCGAAGCGUCCGAGCGGGUCAUUACCCCAGCGCGCAGUAGCUUUCUGCCCUGGUCGGACGGACCACAGAACUGCCCCGGGAAUAAGUUCUCGCAGGUAGAGUUUGUCGCCGUCAUGGCUACUCUCCUGCGGACCCAUCGUGUGGACGCAAUUGCCAAACCCGGCGAAAGUUUCCGGGAAACCCAAGCAAGGGUUCUGGCGACUACGCAGGACGUGGACAUGCUGCUGCUGCUGCGCAUGACGGAUGCGGAUCGCGUGCGGAUGGUGAUACGUCGCGUAGCAUGA